AUGGCCAUGCAGGAGAAAUACCCAAGUGAGCGGUUCUCUCAUGCCACAUCACCAGGUUCCAGUGUGAUUCAGAGGGGUGGUUCCCUGGGGACUGAAUGGCAGACCCCAGUUAUCUCGGAGGCGUUUCGGAGCCGCUUCAGCCGCUGUUCAAGUAUAGCCGACAGUGGGGACACAGCCAUUGGCACAUCAUGCUCAGACAUUGCGGAGGAUUUUUGCAGCUCAAGUAGCAGUCCUUCUUUCCAGCCCAUCAAAAGCCACGUAACCAUUCCAACAGCCCAUGUGAUGCCUUCUACUUUGGGGACGUCUCCUGCCAAGCCAAAUUCUCCUGCCGGACCCUCUUCUUCCAAACUUCCUUUGUCAGGGUUGACUGAAAGUGUGGGGAUGACAAGAAAUGGAGAUCUCGGUGCAAUGAAACGUUCUCCAGGCCUAUCUAGAGAUUUCAUGUAUCUUUGUGGUGCUGCUGGAGAGAAUGGAGUUGAGCAGUCCUGGUUUCCAGCAGUGGGCCAUGAAAGAGAAGAAGAGGCAAGGAAGUUUGAUAUUCCCAAUAUGGAGUCUACCCUCAAUCAGUCGGCAGUGAUGGAGACGCUUUAUUCAGAUCCCCACUACCGAGCCUCGUUCCACAACCCAAGAACCGACACAAACAAGGAGUUAUACAGAGUGUUGCCUGAGACCAAGAAGGCACCAGGCAGUGGGGCGGUAUGUGAGCGGAAUGGACCACACCCUAGUGGCAGCGGGGUUCUUCCUUUGGGACUCCAGCCUGCUCCUGGGCUCUCCAAGCCUCUACCUUCUCAGGUGUGGCAACUGAAUCCUGACCCUUGGCAUCCCCGUGAGCGAUCUUGUGAGCUCAGCACUUGUCAGCAGCAGCUGGAUUUGAUCCGUUUACAGAUGGAACAAAUGCAGCUUCAGAAUGGAGCCAUCUGCCACCAUCCUGCUGCUUUUUCUCCUUCAUUGCCCACAUUAGACCCAGCACAGUGGAUCAGCAUCUUGAACAGUAAUGAAAACCUUCUGAAGGAAAAGGAGCUCCUUAUUGACAAGCAGAGGAAACAUAUCUCUCAGCUGGAGCAGAAAGUGCGAGAGAGCGAACUACAAGUCCACAGUGCUCUUUUGGGCCGCCCUGCCCCCUUUGGGGAUGUCUGCUUGCUGAGACUGCAGGAAUUGCAGCGAGAGAACACUUUCUUACGUGCACAGUUUGCACAGAAGGCAGAAGCCUUGAGCAAAGAAAAGAUGGAGCUUGAAAAGAAACUCUCUGCUUCAGAAGUUGAAGUCCAGCUCAUCAGAGAGUCACUCAAAGUGGCAUUGCAGAAGCAUUCAGAGGAGGGGAAGAAACAGGAAGAAAGGGUCAAGGGUCGUGAUAAACAUAUCAAUAAUUUGAAAAAGAAAUGUCAGAAGGAAUCAGAGCAGAACCGGGAGAAGCAGCAGCGUAUUGAGACUUUGGAACGCUACCUGGCUGACCUGCCCACCUUGGAAGACCAUCAGAAGCAGAGCCAGCAGCUUAAGGAUUCUGAGUUGAAGAGCACAGAGCUGCAGGAGAGAGUGACUGAGCUGGAGAGUUUGCUGGAGGAGACCCAGGCAGCCUGCAGAGAGAAGGAGGUUCAACUGGAAAGCCUGAGACAGAGGGAAGCAGAAUUCUCCUCCACUAGACAUAGCCUGCAAGAUAAGCACUGUGUGGAGGCGGCCAGUGGGGAAGAUACAGCUCAACGGGGAGAAGGUCCCCAAGUGGAAAUGGAGUCCUGGCAGAAGGAAUGUGAUUCCCUUCGAAAGAUUGUGGAGAAGCAACAGCAGAAGAUUGAUCAGUUGCGUUCACAAGUACAGAGCCUAGAGCAGGAAGUGGCUCAAGAAGAAGGAACAAGCCAGGCCCUGAAAGAGGAGGCCGAAAGGGGGGGAAAGAGACACAGAUAAAUGUGAAUAGCUGGUCUCUGUAGUGAACUUUCGGUACAGAACCAGGACCUCAUUGAGAAGAAUCUGACGCUCCAAGAACACCUGCGCCAGGCCCAAUCAGGGUCCCCAUCUUCAUCAGACACGGCCCAGCUGGCAUUUGAGCUGCAUCAGGAGUUGGCCAGUUGCCUUCAAGAUCUGCAGGCUGUCUGUAGCAUUGUGACCCAGAGGGCCCAGGGUCAUGACCCCAGUCUCUCCCUGCUCCUGGGCAUUCACUCUACACAGCAUGCAGGGACUCAGCUAGAUUUUCAGAAGCCGGAUGUGAUCAGGAGGAAACUAGAAGAGGUUCAACAGCUACGCCGUGACAUCGAGGACUUAAGGACCACCAUGUCAGACAGAUACGCCCAGGACAUGGGAGAAAACUGUGUCACACAGUGA